CUGGAAACCAUAGUCUCAGCUCGACUCGAGACACCUUAUGGACUUGCUGUCGACUCAUUUGGUCAAAACAUAUACUGGACGGACAGCAGUGAACGACUGAUUGAGGUUGCAUCCUUGAAUGGACUAUAUCGAAGCGUCCUUGUUAGAGAAAACUUGCAAAGUCCAAAAGAUAUUGUCCUGGACGUUACGAGAGGAUUUAUGUAUUGGACUGACUGGAUCUCUUGGAACUACAAUUCGAAAAUAGAAAAAGCGGACAUGGAUGGUGGCAACAGAACAGUGGUUGUUCAAUUCGGAACUGACAACAGAUUCUCUUUUCUUAGCGGCCUUGCACUGGAUGUAACAAAGAACUGGCUUUAUUGGGGAGAUUUUUAUAAUGAUAAAAUUGAAGUGUAUGAGUUUUCAUCAAACAAAAGAAGAGAAAUAAUCUCCUCUCAUCAGGAAGCUUAUCUAAGUUAUCCGUUUGGGCUGGCGCUUCAUGAGAAUCAUCUUUUCUGGACUGACUGGUCUUAUUAUGGAGUGUACCGAGUGGAUCGACAUACGGGGUUUAACGUAGAAAAAGUCCACUCUUCCCAAUCUCGACCUAUGUUAAUUCGCGCCUAUGACAAAGAGAUUGACCUCAUUCCAGUCACAGUCCAAUGCAAUCAUAACAAUGGUGGAUGUAGUCAGCUUUGUCUGCUGACGCCUUUUGGAAGAAAGUGUUCAUGCUCAGAUGGUCUCGAUCUUCGAGAUGAUGGACAAACUUGCUACGUUUCUCCACAGUUCCUGCUGGUUGCGGAUUACACAAAUGGGAAGAUCAUGAAAGUUACUCCACAAAGCCCUGGAUCUCUCACUCCUUUGCCAUUAAGUAACCUUAACCGUCCAGUUGCACUGGCGUAUGAUGACGUAGAACACAGAGUGUAUUGGACAGAUGUCUUCAGGAGGACCAUCUCCCGAUCAUUUCUAAAUGGGUCCUCACAAGAGGUUAUCAUUAACAAAAAGCUCAAAUAUCCAAAUGGAUUAGCAGUGGAUAUUGUUGGAAGAAAUCUGUACUGGACCGAUGAGAGCAGUAACAAGCUGGAGGUUUCCAAACUUGACGGGUCUUUUCGGACAGCGCUUGUGACAAGUGAUCUGUCUAGGCCGAGGGAUAUCAUACUGGAUGUCAAUAAGGGGAUGAUGUACUGGACAAGCUGGAGUUACAAAUCUAAAAUUGAGAAAGCUGAAAUGACAGGCAAAGAGCGUGUUGUCCUUUUGAGUUCAUGGGACCUGUACCCGAACGGCCUUACUCUUGACCACGAACAAAGUCGCUUGUAUUGGGUAGAUGAAAACUACCACAAGCUAGAGUACCUGGAUCUGAACCUUAAUGUCAGAGUAACCUUGAUAAGUUCUAACUACCUCUUACCUUAUCCAUUUGGACUAGCACUUCUCGGAGAUCACUUAUAUUGGACUGAUAGGCACCUGGGAACUGUUUAUCGAGCCAAUAAGACUGGUGGCGACGUCACAAAGUUUGUAGUGAACAUUGGCCAGCUCAGGGAUAUUCAUAGCUAUAACCUGAGUGAGCAUUCGACACCUGGCGGCCAUCCUUGUCAGCUAAAUAAUAGUGGGUGCAGUCAUUUGUGUUUAAUAUCUUCGGCCGGAAGUAAAUGCGUUUGCCCGAAUCACCUUACUCUGCAAGAAAAUGGGAGAACCUGUUAUCAUAAAUACGAUUUUCAGAAAUUCUUGUUGUUCGCCGAAGGCAGUAAAUCUGAAAUAUUCAUAUUUCCUUUGGAUGGUUCCAGCCCAGAGGCUAAACCUGUACCAAUAGAGCUAGACAUGGAUCGGCCGGUUGCACUUGAUAUGGACAUUACAGAAAAUAGAAUUUACUGGACAGACACUUACCUGAACACAAUCUCGAGGGUGUUUAUCAAUGGAUCAUCACCUGAAGUUAUCGUCUCUGAGGAUGUUUAUAGUUCCUACGGUCUUGCUGUUGAUCCACUGGGCAGAAAUAUCUACUGGACUGACACUGACGCAAAUAAGAUUGAGGUCAGUAGAAUGGAUGGAACAAUGAGGAAGACACUGAUACACCAGGACCUGGAUAAUCCAAGAGAUAUCAUUCUUGAUCCCAGUAAAGGCUUAAUGUACUGGUGUGAAGUGGGUUCAAUGCACAAGAUUGAAGUCGCAAACAUGGAUGGAGAUGAUAGACAUGUACUGGUUAGAAGAGGACUGUAUUAUCCAAACGGCCUUACACUAGAUGAC